AUGUUCAACUUCAAGCUCCUUCUCGGUCUUGUGCUCUUCCUGUUGAUCGCUGAGUCAACCGCCAAAGUUGUCAAGGUUUGUAUCCAGACAUACAUACCGCUCAGAUAUUGUUAUGUUUUUCAGUGGCACCCGGUCUCGUUCAACCGAGAACAACCGUUGUGGAGAACAUCUCAACGUUCGAGACAGGUGAGUCGCCACCAGCUUGCAGUGUGUUCAAUUUCAUUUCCAGAGGCACAAUUUUCAGAUCCAAGGAUACGGUCCGAUGUCGGCGUUCGCCGAUAGCGGCUCCUCCCGUCCACUCUUUUUCGGUUCAUGGCGCAAACGUUUCGAUGAGGAAUAA